AUGAGCAGGCUCUUGUCUCAAUGUCUCCCUGCUGCUGCACCACCUGCAUCCCCCUGCAGUGGAUCUGGGGUGAGCCACAAGAGAAACACAAAAAAGACCCAGGUCCAGGCAGUUUGGGAGUCACCAGAGAAGCCUCCACAAAGAGUCCAGUUUCUUGUGACAGUGGUACAUGACUAUAAGGUUUACUGGGUGAAGAUUGCAGGUCCUGUGGUGUCACUGAGAGGAAUGACUGCUGCUCCAACCACAGCAGUGUCUCCUCAAACCACCAGCCCUACUGCUCUGUCCACACAGUUUAGUUCAGUGGGGUGUGGCCACAAUAAAUCUUACCUCAGAGACCCAGUGGGCUGCGACCCAGAGUCAGAUCCCCACUGUUUCUUUCUGUCGUUUACCACUGAAGCAGGACGGAGUGUGAUGUUUGAACUUAGUGGGCCUACUGAGGGUUACAUGUCCUUUGCCCUGUCCCACGAUAAAUGGAUGGGGAAUGAUGACGUCUAUCUAUGCGAGAAUGACAGAGGCAGUGUAACCAUGAGUGCUGGAUUUGUCUCUGGACGAACUCACCCUGAGCUGGCAACAGAGGAGGCUCUGUAGGGGCAGGCCUGGAGGCUGGUCGAUGGAGUCAUCCAGUGUUGUUUCCACAGAAGCAUCCACCUAUAUAACAGAUUCAACCUGAACCAGAGCUACUUCCUGUUUCUGGCACAUGGUAGAUCUCACCAUGGUUUGAUCUACAAACACCAUCAUCAACCUCUCAUCUCCACCAUGCAGAAGGUGAUUACUGGACUUCCGGAGGUUCUCAGUGGCUCGCUCUCCCCCCUGCUGAUCAAGUUCCAUGGUGUGUUCAUGCUGACUGUCUGGAUGUGGAUAGUGAGCACAGCCGCCCUCAUUGCUCGCCAUUACAAAGGCUUUUGGCCUGACACAACAGUGCUGGGACAAAGGCUCUGGUUUCAGCUCCAUCGAACCAUGAUGGUCUUGGCUGUCGUCCUAACUAGUGCAGCCUUCACUCUGCCUUUCAUAUACAGGAAGGGAUGGAGUAAGGGUGCAGGCUCUCACCCUUACAUAGGCUGCAGCGUCAUGGCUCUGUCUAUCAUCCAACCAAUAAUGGCAAUUCUCCGACCAGUUCCAGAGUCCCCCAGGAGGAUCAUCUUCAGAUGGCUUCACUUUGGAGCAGCCACUGCUGCCCAGAUACUUGCCACAGUGUGUGUAUUCCUUGGUGCUGCUCAGCAGGCGCUGCUGUUACCCAGUCCCUGGUCUCCUGCGGUGCUAACUGGAUGGCUGCUGUGGAUCAUGAUGGUAGACCUGCUGCUACUAAUCCACCAGUGCAGGCUCAGAGGCAACAGCAGCUGUGAUGAUAAAGAGAAUAUUUCAUUUGCUCAGCUUGACAGAUUGCAGCACGGAGAGAUUUCCACAGUCAAGAAGAUGGUUUUAGUUGUGUUCCUGAUAGGAAAUACUGGGUGUCUGGCUGCAUUUAUAAAAACUAUUGCAAUUUUAUAA